AUGGUGGACCUAGGAAAGGAACUAGGAAAAGGGCAAACAGGAAGGUUAGUGAUAGGAAAGGAAAAAUUCUGGUGCCUGGAAUAUGCAGAUGAUAUCGUGUUGUUGGCAACAAGCGAAGGAGAAUUGAAGGAAAUGAUGGAAAGAUUGGAAAAAUACCUGGACAGAAAGAAGCUGAUCUUGAGUGAGGGCAAGUCUAAGGUAAUGGUAUGCAGAAAAUCAGGGGAAAGAAAGAAGAAUUCAGUUUGGCGAUGGAAAGAUAAAGAAAUUGAAGAAGUGGUCGAGUUUUCAUACUUUGGUUAUGUGUUCAAAAGUAGUAGGAGUUGUCAAGGUCAGAUUGAUAAUUUAGUGAAGAAGGCAACAAUAGUGUGCAAGAGCACAUAG